GGAUGUUCUCCCUCUCCCCUCGCUUUUUCUUUCUUCCGUUCACCUCUAUCUCUCUCUCUCGCCUUUCUUUCCUUGCGGCGACGACUGGGCGAGCGCCGCCGCCCUUCACCAGGUCUUCGCCGGCGGCGAGCACCACCAGUUGAUCCUCUGGCUGGAAGAUCGCGUUGACGGUGGCGGAGUAGGGGUUCUACCAUCGGCAGCUUCAUCUCAAGGAGCAGAAUUCUUACAUGAUCCCUUUAAACCGGAGGGCAAGCCUGCCUAGGGCUGGGAUGGAGUACUUUGAUGCAAGGCGGAAGCCUCAUAAUGUCGGGAAAAUCAUUGCAGCCCUGGUCCUCACAACACUCUGUAUAUUUGUUCUGAAGCAAUCUCCUGGUUUUGGUGGCAAUAAUGUGUUUUCUCGCCACCAACCUGGUGUUACCCACGUCUUAGUAACAGGAGGAGCAGGUUAUAUUGGAUCACAUGCCUCUUUAAGGCUCUUAAAGGAUAACUAUCGAGUUACCAUUGUGGAUAAUCUCUCUAGAGGAAACAUGGGAGCAGUAAAGGUUCUGCAGGAGUUAUUUCCGCAGCCUGGGAGGCUACAAUUCAUCUUUGCUGAUCUGGGGGACCAGAAAUCUAUCAACAAGAUAUUUGCUGAAAAUGCAUUUGAUGCUGUGAUGCACUUUGCAGCUGUUGCUUAUGUGGGUGAGAGCACACUGGAACCCCUUAGGUACUAUCACAAUAUUACAUCAAACACCUUACUGAUUUUGGAGGCUAUGGCAUCUCAUGGAGUCAAGACCCUUAUCUACUCCAGUACAUGUGCUACCUACGGAGAACCAGAGAAGAUGCCUAUUACAGAAGCCACGCCUCAGUUCCCUAUCAAUCCAUAUGGAAAAGCUAAGAAAAUGGCAGAGGACAUCAUAUUAGAUUUCUCGAAGUCGAAGGGAGCCGAUAUGGCUGUCAUGAUUUUAAGAUAUUUCAAUGUUAUUGGAUCUGACCCUGAGGGAAGAUUAGGUGAAGCUCCCAGGCCAGAACUACGAGAGCAUGGUCGGAUAUCUGGGGCAUGCUUUGAUGCAGCAUUAGGAGUCAUUCCAGGAUUAAAGGUUAAAGGAACAGAUUAUCCUACAGCUGAUGGAACCUGCAUAAGAGACUACAUUGAUGUCACAGAUCUAGUUGACGCUCAUGUGAAAGCACUCAACAAGGCAGAACCUAGAAAAGUUGGCAUUUAUAAUGUUGGAACCGGAAGAGGCCGCUCGGUUAAUGAGUUUGUGGAUGCCUGCAAGAAGGCAACUGGGGUUGACAUCAAAGUUGAGUACCUCAACAGAAGGCCAGGAGACUAUGCAGAAGUAUACAGCGACCCGACAAAGAUCAACAAGGAGCUCAACUGGACAGCUCAAUACACGGACCUCAAGGAGAGCCUGUCAGUCGCAUGGAGGUGGCAAAAGUCGCAUCCACACGGCUAUGGGACAAACUAAAUAUAGCCUGCUGAUCAAUAAUUUCACUGAAUCGUCGAUACAUAUUGAUUCUUUAGUUAGUAGUAUACUGGUAUAAGAUCUUGCUGCAAUACUCCUCUCAAAAUCACUCGUAUUCUUCUCACCCUCUUUCUUUCCUUUUUAUUUUUCAAAGGUUGGUUUUUUGGCUAGCAAAGACAAACAAUGAUUUGGGUAUGCUGGAAAUCCUGGAAGCAUUCCUGUAAGAGCAAACUACAUUGUUUCUGACACGAAGUGUUGAUUAAAAAAAUGUACAUUUCUUCAGCCUGUCCAAGCUGCACGGCUAUUUGACUGAA